GCAGACGGAAAAAAGAUUGUUUACAACAGAACCUCAUGAGCAGGCGAUUGAGAGCAUUCAAGCGAUGGAUGAGGUCUCAGGGGAUCGAAUGCAGCAAUACUCUCGAAAUAAUCGACGACGGCUGUGAACAAGGGUUCUCCGUGAAAGCCCUCUGCGGUUUAGCAGAAGGGGAUCUUGUUGCAACCAUACCCAAGAGUGCUUGCCUCACAAUCCAGACCUCUGCGGCUCGGGAAAUAAUUGAAGACGCAGGAUUAGCGGGUUUGUUGGGCCUUGCGGUUGCCCUAAUGUAUGAAAAAAGCUUAGGAGAGGUGUCGGCUUGGGCCGGGUAUCUGCAGCUUCUACCUGACAGCGAAUGUGCGCCCUUGGUCUGGACCUUGGAUGAAGUUGACUCUCUUCUUAAUGGGACUGAACUGCACAAGACAGUAAAAGAAGACAAGACUCUUUUUUACGAGGAUUGGAAAGAGUGUAUUCUGCCGCUUAUAGUUAAUGGGCCAAUUAAACUCAAUCCAAAUUGUUUUGGUGUCGAACAAUAUUUUGCUGUAAGAAGCCUUAUUGCUUCUCGAUCCUUUGAGAUAGAUGACUAUCAUGGAGUUGGAAUGGUGCCAGUGGCAGAUCUCUUCAAUCACAAGACAGGAGAUGAAGAUGUUCACUUUACUUCUGUAUCUUCCCAUUCUGGUUCUGAGAGUGACAAUGAUGUUGAGGACGAUGGGGUUGGCAGUUGCAGUAAUAAACUGUCAACUGAAGAUCAUCACUUUAUAGAGAAUACGUCUUCAAGUGCUCUUUCUGGAAAAUAUUCUCUCAAUGAUAGCCAUGUUGAGUACUCUCCAAAUUCUGAGGAUGAUCCUAUGGCUCUAGAAAUGAUUGUUGUGAAGGCUAUUGAAGCUGGGGCUGAGGUCUUCAACACUUACGGAUCCCUGGGAAAUGCAGCUUUGCUUCAUAGAUAUGGAUUUACAGAGCCCGAUAAUCCCUUUGACAUUGUGAAUAUUGAGCUAAACAUAGUGCUUGAAUGGAGUAAAUCAUUGUUCUCCAGCCGUUAUGUUCGAGCAAGAUUGUCACUGUGGAGGAGGUUGGGUUUUUCAGGAUGUGUUAGUCCAAGUUCUGAAUAUUUUGAAAUCUCAUCAGAUGACAUGGUUUGUGAAGCACUUUUUUCCCUUGCAGACAUUCGGGAGAGUUUCUAUGGUGAGUCUUCAAUAGAAGACGACAUAGAGGUGCUGAAGAGGGGUUGUCCCAUGCUGGGGAGGAAGUUGUACCAUUCAGUGAUGUUGCGGGUAAGCGAAAGGAGGAUUAUUCAGAAGCUUAGGAUGUAUGCUUCUUCGAGUUCCCGCAGAACCAAGAGGACACACAUCAAGAAAAGUUGAAUAGAUGGCCGAUGCCUUGUAUACAAGCUCUUCGAACUGCCUCUGAGUAGUCUUAU